AUGGUCCAACUCGCUUCUACCCUUGUCGCUGCCGUGGCCGGCCUCGCCAGCGUCUCCUUGGCGCAUCCUGGCCACAAUGUCAAAGCCGAGGCUGCGGAGCGUGCGGCUUUCCUGAAGCGUUCCAAUAUCGCUCGCGGUUGGGGAGGAUGCGCCGCGAAGCUCAAGGCCCGUGGCCUUGAGAGUCGCAGCAUUGCUCGUCGUGAGCAUGCAGUCGAGAUGCUUCGCCGCAGCAAGGGCUUGGAGACUCGUGCUCCUUUCCUCAAGGCUCGCGACCUUAGUGCUCUCAACACUUCCCACGAAUCCUCCUUGGAUGUGGACUUGUCCACUGACCCCUCGGUCCUGUUCUCCUCCAACGCAACCUGUGUCCUGGCAUCCGACGUUACUCAGGGACCUUACUAUGUAAGCGGCGAAUUGAUCCGCAGCGACAUCACCGAGGACCAGGCGGGUGUCCCUCUCUACGUGGACGUCCAGAUGGUUGACAGCUCCACCUGCGAGCCUGUCACCGGUGUCUAUCUGGACUUCUGGCACUGCAAUGCUACUGGUGUCUACUCCGGCGUUGUCGCCAGUGGAAACGGCAACUCCAACGACGACAGCAACCUCGACGCUACCUUCCUCCGUGGCCUCCAGAAGACUGACGACGAGGGUGUCGCCCAGUUCCAUACCAUCUUUCCAGGCCACUACACCGGACGCGCCACCCAUAUUCACGUCCUAACCCACUCUCUCAACGAAACAACCGUCAACGCCAACAACACCCUCGAAGCCCUCUACACCGCGCACUCCGCUCAUGUCGGCCAGAUUUUCUUCGACCAGGACCUCAUCUCCACCGUCGAAGAGAUCUCGCCCUACUCUACCAACACCCAGGAGCUCACCACCAACGACGAGGACAGCAUCCUCGCCGAGGAGGCCGACACCAUCGAUCCCUUUGUCGAGUACGUUUUUCUGGGUGACUCUGUCUCCGACGGUAUCUUCGCUUGGAUCUCCCUUGCCAUGGACUCCUCCGAGAGCAGCUCUGUGACUCCUGCUGCUUACUAUACUGAGGAUGGCGGUGUCGAGAACGGCAGCUCCGGUGGCGGCGCCGGUGGUCCCGGGGGCUCCGGCUCUGGUGGCCCUGGCGGUGCUCCUCCUAGCUAG